AUGGUAGACACAACCAGUGCAAGAGCCGCUGACGGAGUGAUGAGCGGAGCAGACGAGGAGAAUGGCUCGAAAAAGAUGGCCAAGGGUGGCAAGGCGCCGUUCCAUGACCUUUUCAGGAACGCGGACGCCAUGGACGUGGUGCUGAUGCUGGUUGGCACACUCGGCGCACUUGCGAGCGGCAUGUCACAGGUGAUCAUGGCCAUCAUCUUCGGGCAGGUGGUCGAUGCCUUUGGGGGCGCAACCCCCGGCACCAUCCUUCCCCGAGUAAACAAGGUGGUUCUAGAGUUUGUCUACUUAGCCUUUGGAGCAUUGCCAGUUUGUUUUCUCCAGAUAUCAUGUUGGACAGUGACUGGGGAGAGGCAGGCAGCUCGCAUUCGAUCUUUGUACCUCAAGUCGAUUCUGAGACAAGACAUGGCGUUCUUUAACACAGAAAUGAAAAGUGGACAAGUAGUCUCUGGUAUAUCUGCUGACACAAUUCUAAUUCAGGAUGCUACUGGCGAGAAGGUCGGGAAGUUUCUACAGCUUCUUACCACUUUCCUUGGUAGUUUCGUGUUGGCGUUCAUCAAAGGCUGGCUCCUAACUCUUGUAAUGCUUUCUACUAUACUACCAUUAAUCGUGGCAGCUGGACUCAUCUCAAAGACGCUGUCCCAAAUAUCUACCAUGGGCCUAGCAUCAUACAGAGAUGCAGGGGAUAUCGUUGAACAGACACUUGGAUCCAUAAGGACGGUUGUUUCAUUCAAUAGCGAAAAUAAAGCUAUGGCCCUAUACAACAAUCUCAUAAACAACGCAUACAAGGGUAUGGUAAAAGAAGGGACUGUCCAAGGCUUUGGCAUGGGUUUCAUUUCCCUCAUCAAUUUCUCCAGUUUUGGCCUAAUUGUAUGGUAUGGCAGUAAGUUAACCCUCAGCAGAGGAUAUAGUGGAGCAGAUAUCAUGAUUAUAUUGCUAUCUGUCUUCAUAGGUGCAAGGUCAUUGGGUGAUGCAACCCCCUGCAUUGUUGCCUUUGAGGAAGGAAGAGGUGCAGCUUACAGAUUGUUUAAAACAAUCAACAGGAAACCAGAGAUUGAUUAUAAUGAUAGUACUGGUGCUGUGUUAGAAGACCUCAAGGGUGAUAUAGAGCUGAGGGGUGUGUUUUUCAGUUAUCCAAGCAGGCCAGAGCAACUAAUAUUCAGUGGAUUUUCAAUGCAUGUAUCAAGUGGCACAACUAUGGCCAUAGUUGGGGAGAGUGGGAGUGGCAAAUCAACUGUGAUAAAUCUGGUUGAGCGAUUUUAUGAUCCACAGGCUGGCGAAGUGCUGAUCGAUGGAAUGAAUAUCAAGAGUUUUAAGCUAGACUGGAUUAGAGGGAAGAUUGGCCUUGUUAGCCAGGAGCCACUGCUCUUCAUGACAUCCAUCAAGGAGAAUAUAACCUACGGAAAAGAGGAUGCACCACUGGAAGAGAUUAAAAGAGCAGCUGAGCUUGCCAAUGCGGCAGGAUUCAUUGAAAAUUUGCCUAAUGGUUAUGAAACAACAGUUGGCCAACGUGGUGCUCAGCUCUCAGGGGGACAGAAGCAAAGGAUUGCGGUCGCGAGAGCCAUCCUUAAAAAUCCAAAAAUUCUUUUGCUCGACGAAGCAACCAGUGCAUUGGAUUUGGAGUCUGAGAGGAUAGUCCAAGAAGCACUAAACAAAAUCAUGACUGGGCGAACCACGGUUGUUGUGGCACACCGUUUAAGCACUGUUAGAAAUGCCCACUGCAUCUCAGUUGUUUCUGAAGGAAAAAUAGUCGAGCAAGGACAUCAUGAUAAAUUGGUAACGGAUCCUGCUGGGGCAUACUCUCAGCUUAUUCAGCUACAAGAGGCACACCAGGAAACUAGCUACCAAUUGAAUGCUGGAUCAGGUCCAUUAUCGAAAAGAAGUCAAUCACUCAGGCGAUCAAUUAGUAGAAGUUCAGCUGGGAGCAACCAUCAUUCUUCAAUCCUCACUGUCAGCUUGCCUGGCCCCACUGCAGUACUGCAAUAUGAUGGCGCUGAUGGUGAGACGCAAAACAAGAAUACUGAUGGCAAGGUAUCCAAGAAGGGCUCAAUUGGCCGCCUAAUUAACCUAGCCAAACCAGAAACAACAGUUCUUCUAUUUGGUUCUCUCGCAGCAGCAAUUGACGGAACUGUUUAUCCAAUGAUGGGUUUGGUAUUUGGUAGUGCUGCAAAAACAUUCUAUGAAUUACCAGCAGAGAAGCGAAAGAAAGACUCUGUAUUUUGGGGAUUACUAUGUGUUGGGCUGGGUGUGAUCGGUAUGAUAUCCAAGCUAGCAAAUAGUUGCCUAUUUGCAAUAGCUGGUGGGAAACUCACAAAACACAUUCGUGCUUUGACAUUUCAAACCAUAGUGUACCAAGAGGCUGCUUGGUUUGAUCAUCCUGCAAAUUCCAGUGGAGCGCUUGGUGGAAGGCUAUGUAUUGAUGCUCUUAAUGUGAGACGUCUUGUAGGGGAUAACAUAGCCUUAAUGGUUCACUGUACUGCAACACUUCUUUGUGGAAUAAUAAUAGCAAUGAGUGCAGACUGGAAGCUUUCAUUGGUCAUCUUAGUUGUGAUUCCUUUAAUGGGUCUCCAGGGCUAUGCUCAAGUGAAGUUCUUAGAGGGAUUUAGUCAAGAUGCUAAGGCCAUGUAUGAAGAAGCAAGUCAAAUUGCAACUGAAGCAGUUGGUAGCAUCAGAACAGUAUCAUCAUUUUGUGCCGAGAAGAGAGUAAUGAAAAAAUACAUUCAGAAAUAUCAAGGUUCUAAGAAUCAGGGAAUUCGAACCGGAAUAGUGGGAGGCCUUGGUUUUGGCUUCUCAAAUAUGAUGUUAUAUCUCACCGCUGCUCUUUGCUACUAUGUUGGUGCAAAGUUUGUUAGUCAGGGCGAUUCCACUUUUGGCGAUGUUUUCAAGGCCCUAUUUGCUUUAGUUUUGACCGUAGUUGGAGCAGCACAAACUAGUGCUAUGGCUUCUGAUUCAACCAAGGCAAAAGAUUCCGCAACUUCCAUAUUCACAAUCUUAGAUAGAAAAUCUCAAAUCGAUUCCAGCAGCGAAGAAGGUUCAACCAUGGAGCAUGUCAAUGGUGACAUUGAUUUUAUGCAUAUAAGCUUCAUAUACCCAUCCCGUCCAGAUAUUCAAAUAUUGAGUGACUUUAACUUGAGCAUUCCCUCUAGAAAGACUGUUGCGCUUGUUGGUCAAAGUGGCAGCGGCAAAUCUACUGUAAUUUCUUUACUAGAGCGUUUCUACGAUCCUGAUUCUGGUGUAAUCUUACUCGACGGAGUGGAAAUCAAAACUCUAAAGCUUAGUUGGUUGAGGGAUCAGAUGGGACUGGUAAGCCAAGAACCGGCACUUUUCAACGACACAAUACGUGCCAACAUAGCAUACGGAAAGCAUGACGAGGCAACCGAGGAAGAGAUUGUCGCGGCUGCUAAAGCAGCCAAUGCACAUGAAUUCAUAUCAAGCAUGCCACAGGGGUACAACACGACAGUUGGAGAGAGAGGAACCCAGCUAUCAGGCGGGCAGAAACAGUGCGUAGCUAUUGCAAGGGCUAUCCUCAAGGACCCAAGGAUACUGCUCCUCGACGAGGCGACGAGCGCGCUGGAUGUCGAGUCAGAGCGCAUCGUUCAGGACGCAUUGGACCGCAUGAGGGUUGGCAGGACAACCGUUAUCGUGGCACACCGUCUCUCGACGAUCCAAGGGGCCGAUAUAAUUGCAGUUCUGAAGGAUGGCACGAUUGUGGAGCAAGGAAGGCAUGACGCGCUGAUGGGCAUCGCCGGUGGAGCCUACGCUUCGCUCAUAGAACUCCACCCCAAGGCAACAUAAUGCAGAUGUUUCGGCAACAGAGUCAAUUUGAACUAGUACAAUGUACAGUUGGCUGCUUAGACAAUAGAGAUACGUUACUAAUGGAGGUAUAGAGUAUAGACGCCUUGAUGGAUAUACAAGAAAAUGUUCCAUGCGUGAUUUAUUGUAAAAAAGCGUAGCAGAGAGUGUAUCUGAACUUGAGCUGGAUUGCCAGCAACUUUGCAUACAGCCUGUAGGCACAUUGUUACUAUCAAAAUAAGUCCAUACAUCAUCGAAAUCCUUGGAAUAAUUUGUUUG